AUGUCAAGAAUUACGGUUCUCAUCUCAGGCUCAGGUUCCAAUCUCCAAUCGUUAAUAAACGCACAAGCAGAUGGCUUAUUAGGUGAUGCCAAGAUUGUUUCUGUCGUAUCCUCAAGUAAGAAGGCCUACGGGCUCACACGAGCUACUAAUGCUUGCAUCCCCACAAAAAUACAAUCUCUUUACCCCUACACUAGGGACAUACCCAAGGAAGAUAAAGAAGCCCGUGCAAAUGCACGUACUGUAUACGAAAAAGAUUUGGCAGAUGCCAUAUUGCAGGAUAAACCUGAUUUGAUUGUCUGUGCCGGAUGGUUAUUGAUCUUGGGGUCCACCUUCUUGUCAAAGAUUGGAUGUAUCCCCAUAAUUAAUCUGCAUCCUGCCUUACCGGGAGCCUUUGAUGGUACCACUCAUGCUAUUGAAAUGGCUUGGGAAAAAUGUCAACGAGAGAACAAACCUUUGACUGCGGGUUGUAUGGUCCAUUACGUUAUCGAGGAAGUUGAUAGAGGUGAACCUUUGGUGGUGAAAGAAUUAGUUAUUAAACCGGGUGAAGAGACGUUGGAAGAGUACGAAAAUAGAGUUCAUGAAGCAGAGCAUGUAGCCAUUGUCGAAGCUACCAUUAGAGCAUUGAAAGACAAAGAUAACUGA